CUCUCCUACUUUUCGCCGUUCCUUCACAGGCUCCAUCAGCACCAUCGCGCGCUCACAUCCACCUGCUUUUCGUCUCUUGUCCUCCUUCUAGUCCGUCGGUGUGUUGACGACUCAACUCGAAGUUGAUCGAUUCCGUCAAUUCGAAAGAUGGCCAGCAGCUUCUCGAGGGUUCUGUCCUCCACACGCAACGUGGGGAUCCUGUCGGUGGUCGGCGGCUCUCUGACGGCCGGAUUUCUACUGCACCGGCAGCACGUCAACGCGGGAGCACCCGGGCGCAGGCUCUACCCUGCCAGCGCGGAGUAUCCCGACCUGCGCAAACACAACAACUGCAUGGCCAGCCACCUGACGCCCGCCAUCUACGCCAAGCUGUGCGAUAAGGCCACGCCCAGCGGCUACACGCUGGACCAGGCCAUCCAGACGGGCGUGGACAACCCCGGGCACCCGUUCAUCAAGACGGUCGGCAUGGUGGCCGGAGACGAGGAGUCCUACCAGGUGUUUGCCGACUUGCUGGACCCCGUCAUAAAAGAGAGGCACAAUGGCUACGAUCCCCAAACCAUGAAGCACCCCACCGACCUGGACGCCAGCAAGCUCCAGUCGGGCCACUUUGACGAGCGCUACGUGCUGUCGUCCCGGGUGAGGACGGGCCGCAGUAUCCGGGGGCUGAGCCUGCCGCCCGCCUGCACGCGAGCCGAGCGCAGGGAGGUGGAGCGCGUGGUGGUGGACGCCCUCGCCGGACUCAAGGGCGAUCUGGCCGGGAGGUACUACAGCCUGAGCCAGAUGACGGAUCAGGAGCAGCAGCAACUCAUCGAUGACCACUUCCUGUUUGACAAGCCGGUGUCCCCGCUGCUGACGUGUGCGGGAAUGGCACGCGACUGGCCUGACGCCCGUGGUAUUUGGCACAACAACGACAAGACUUUCUUGAUUUGGGUCAAUGAGGAGGAUCACACCAGGGUUAUCUCCAUGGAGAAGGGGGGCAACAUGAAGCGAGUCUUUGACAGGUUCUGCAGAGGCCUCAAGGAGGUGGAGCAUCUGAUCCAGGAGCGAGGCUGGGAGUUCAUGUGGAACGAGAGGUUGGGCUACAUCCUCACCUGCCCCUCCAACCUGGGCACUGGACUGCGGGCGGGGGUCCACGUCAAACUGCCCCUGCUGAGCAAGGACCCUCGCUUCAGUAAGAUCCUGGACAAUCUGCGUCUGCAGAAGAGAGGCACGGGUGGCGUGGACACCGCCGCCGUGGGGGGAACCUUUGACAUCUCCAACCUGGACCGUCUGGGACAGUCCGAGGUCCAGUUGGUGCAGACGGUGGUGGACGGCGUCAACUACCUGGUGGAGUGCGAGAAGAGACUGGAGAAAGGCCAGGACAUCAAGGUGCCCUCGCCCAUCAAGCAGUUCAAGUAGAAGCCCGCUUGCGCCCCCCCCCCCCCCCUCCUGACCCCCAGAUAGACAAGAAAUAACAAAUGUCAGUGUUUCAUUUCAUUCUCAUUCAUAGCCAGUAUAACCCCAACCGCCUCUGUUAUAAUAUAAGCAUCAUAUUUAAUACUCCUGAGUAGGGUGUCAAAGGGGUGGAAAAUAUCCGGGGGGGGCAGUUAAGUUGGAGGAUUGGAAAUAUGCGCUAAUUCUAUUCUUUGUCAUUAGAAGACGCGUUGCCUUUUGUCUCUCUUAUAAUCGACGUGACAAUACAGAAAAAAAAGGGGUCCUCCUCCGAGUCUUUAUCUUCUUCUCAAAACCUGUGCAGAUCUCUUAUUCCAAGUCACAAGUACAGGGAUGGGUUCAUUUUUACAAAUAUCGAAUGGGUUGGAUUCCAGAUGACAAAUAUAAACAACCAGUAGAAAUGUGGAAAUGUUCCAACUUGUAAUUUUACAACCCUACUCCCGACACUCUAGAGCAGACAUGUCCAAAGUCCGGCCCGCGGUCGAAUUUCAUCCGGCCCUCGGCCCCCGUCAUAAAAUCAGUGCCGUCUGGCCCGCAGGUUGGGCGCAAUGGAACACGUGUUGCAUUGACUGAGGUCUCGUAGACUGGCGAGUGAUGUUUCAUAGAGUACUGCUUCCCUCUAGUGGCUAAAUGACUAAUAGCAUUCACUAAAUGAGUAAUAGCAUUUAGACACUAGAGGGCGUCACUCACGAGUUAACAAGACAUCACUCCGUGUUUAUAUUGACUGAUAUGUCAUAUUUCAAAUUCCUGUUUCAAAUGAACCAAAAGAAAUUCUUAAGAUUGUUGAAAUUCAAAUAAAAAUGGAAAUGUGAAACAGACUGGCUUACUAAAAUUUGUUGAACAAUAUUGUUGUUCAAUGUAAAUAAUGUCAGCCAAGGUCGGCCCCCCGACAUUUUACCGCAUAAAAUCUGGCCCCCUUGGCAAAAAGUUUGGACACCCCUGCUCUAGAGCCACAGAAAACACCGCACUGGGCUUCAGUGGUAUUCAUUUUAAUGUAAUAAGUGGAAGCCAAAAAGUCCACCGGCAGCUUGCGAAAAAGUGAAAGAUGGCAACUGCAAACACUCUUGGAUCGCUGAAUCCGGCGCGGAUUUGUUUUGGUUCUGCCACCGUUGCCCACGGCAUGCCCCACCCCGCGCUGACCUCAGCUCAUGACAUUGGUGCUCAUGCUACUCAUCACUCAAGUGGAUUUGAAUGUCCAAAGCUGCUCAUCGCUGAUUGUCACACGCGUGUCUUUUAUUAAACACAUCGUCCAUUUAGCAGAAAA